UGUCAAAUAUCAGUGUUAUUGUUUAACGACUAGUCGACACCACCGUCUGUCACGUUUUUUUCUGUUACACUAAAGAAAUGUCGUCAGUUCAUUGCUUGAAAAACUUUGUCAGCGAGCGACUAACCGCUGCUGCUGAAGAAAUAUUUGGGGUCAUUGAAAAAACUUUAUCAGUGUACGAGAAGGAGAUUGUUCGUCAGCGCAGACUGUUGGAUGUCGUCCUGAAGCCCGAGAUAAAACUACAAAGGACCGAGCUCCCACAGCUACAUGUCCGUAAGGAGGAGGUUCUCGCUGACCGGCAGCUAAGUAACCAGGAGACGGACUCCAGUCUGGACCCAGAGGCUCCACAGAUUAAAGAGGAGCAGGAGGAACUCUGCAGCAGUCAGGACGGGGAGCAGGGUGUACUGGAGCAGGACGCUGAAGCCUUUAAGUUGAGUCCUACUUAUGAUGGAAGUGACCACAGCGAAGAUCAGACUGUACUUUUUGAUAAUAAUCAAACUCACAAUGCAUCAGAGAUGGAACCUCUGUCCAGCAUUUCCUGUGAAAGGCUGCAAUAUGACUCCGACAGAAAUCACUCUUUAGCCACAGAACCGCACAGUGACCACAGCCUGCAUGUGAGAACAGGUCAGAAGCAGUAUAUGUGCGCCAUUUGUCGGAAAAGUUUCAAAAUUACAGACUUGAAAUUGCACAUGAAAAUUCACACAGGCGAGAAAACUUUCCGUUGCGAGUACUGCAACAAGGAGUUUGCUUUCAGUUCAUCUCUGUUGCGGCAUCUCCGAGUGCACACAGGGGAGAAACCUUAUGAAUGUCGUUUGUGCAGGAAAAGAUUUAAUGACAGCACGACAUUGAAAGUCCACUACAGAAUCCACACAGGUGAAAAGCCCUAUAAAUGCAAGACGUGUGAAAGAGCUUUCACCACCUCCUCGAACCUGAAGAAGCACAUGGCUAUAUAUACUAAAGUUGCAGAUGGUAGACAUGGAGUGAAAAUGUCUUCAGGUUUGUGUUUGAGGAAGUUUGUCAGCGAGCGACUGACCGCAGCUGCUGAGGAAAUAUUAGGAGUCUUUGAACAAACGAUGUCAGUGUACGAGGAGGAGAUCGUCCGUCAGCGCAGACUGCUGGACAUCUUCCUGAAGCCGGAGAUAAGAUUACGCAAGAGAGACAUCUCACGGUCAUCUGUCUAUAAUAAGGAGGUUCUCCUGGACCAACAGAAGCUCUUUAACCAGGUGAGGAACUGCAGUCUGAACCACGAGGUACCCGAGGCUUCACAGAUUAAAGAGGAGCGGGAGGAGCUCUGCACCAUUCAGGACAGAGAGCAGCUUAUACUGGAGCAGGAGACAAAUUUGUUAAGGCCUGCUUGUGAUGGAAGUGAUUAUAUGGAAGAUCAGACUCUGCUUUUGGAUCCUGACCAGCCUCAGAGUGCAGCAGAAAAAGAGCCACUGACCAACAUCUCGGUUAUAGUGAUAAAAUCUGAAUCUGACAGAGAGGGCUCAGGUGAAUCAGUACCAAACGGUGAGCACCAGCUUUCUCAUAAUUCUGACACAGCUGAAAGCCAAGACCAUGAAAGAGGAAACCAAGGGAAUGCAAGUACUGAUCACAAACCAGAGAACAAGCAUUUCAAAUGUAUAUUUUGCAAUGAGGAGUUUCAUGAUUACUUAAAAUUAAAACUUCACAAAAGGACCCACACUGGUGAAAAAUGUUUUAAUUGUGACACCUGUGGGAAAGGGUUUACCCAGGAGGCUCUGGUGAGGAAACACAUGAUGACUCACACAGGGGUAAAGCCCUUCAGAUGCAGAGUUUGUGGAAAGGAAUUCAACUGUCAGUCAAACAGCGUCACCCAUAUGAGAAUUCACACUGGUGAGAAGCCGCACACUUGUUCAACCUGCGGGAAAAGUUUCAGCCGCGGAGCAGAUCUGAGGAGGCACACCCGGACUCACACAGGGGAGAAGCCCUACAGCUGUGUCCACUGCGGGAGGGAGUUUUCUUACCACUCAUCCCUCACAAAUCAUGUCCGAGUGCAUACAGGGGAGAAGCCCUAUAAAUGUAUUUGGUGUGGGAAGAGGUUUGCUGUCAGCACAACGUUGAAAAUACACACCAGAGUCCAUACAGGGGAAAAGCCGUAUAAAUGCAACUUUUGUGGGAAGAAUUUUGCUCAUAACACAGGACUGAGGUUUCACAAAAGGAUCCAUGCAAGGGAGAAACCACAGAAGCUCUCCCAGACAUCUGUCCGUAAAGAGGAGGAGGUUCUCCUGGACCACCAGCAGCACAGUAACCAAGAGACGAACCCCAGUCUGAUCCAACCAGAUCCUUUACCAGUAAAAGAGGAACAUGAGGAAAUGCGCAUCAGUCAAGAACGACGGCAGCUUGUACAGCAACAAGAGACUGAUGCCUCUAAGACUCCCACUUGUGAGGGAUGCGUCUGCAAGAUAUCACCAACCAAGACAGGCAACAAUGAGAACACAGCACCAACUGAGAGUACUGAUCCAACACUAGAUAAGAAAUCUAAUGACGAAAACACAACCACAACUACAUAUACUGCAUCAGUAGAAAAAAGAGACCCGGAAGGAAAAGAACACAAGACACCAAGCAAACCCAAUGACGGGAAAGCCACAUCAACUUCCAGUACUAAACCAACACUAAGUAAGAAACGCAACAAUGAGACAACAUUAAACAGAAGUACAAAAUCAACACCAAAUAAGAAUUGUAUUAAAGAAAACACAAGUGCUGAGCCAACCCCUAAUAAGAAAUCCAGUGAUGAGAAAACAUCGACCACAAGUACUGAACCAACAGCACAUAAGAAACGUAAUGAUAGGAAAACAACACCUACUGAAAGUAUUGAGCCAACACCAAAUGAGGAUGAUGGGAACACAACAUCAAACAAAAGUACAGAGAUAACACCAAACAAGAAAAGAAAUAACAAGAGCACAGCAUCAAUUGAAAAUACUGACCUAACACCAAAUAAGAAACCUAAUGAUGAAAACACAACAGCUAAAAGAAAUACUGCAUCAACACAAAAUAGAGACCCUAAAGAAAAAGAACAAAAGACACAAAAGAAACGCAACGAUGAGACAACAUCAGACAUAAGUACAAAAUCAACACCAAAUAAGAAUCGUAGCAGAAGGAGCACAACAUCAACUAGAAGUAAUGAGCUAACCCCGAAUAAGAAACCCAAUGAUGGGAAAAAAUCAACCACAUGCACUGAACCAAGACCAGAUAGGAAACGCAGCGAGAGGAAAACAACUUCUAGUGAAAGUAUUGAAUCAACACCAAAUAAGAAACCCAAUGAUGUAAACACAAGGUCUACAAGAAGUAAGCAGGCAACACUAAAUAAGAGACAAAAGCAUGGGAACACAACACCAAAUGAAAGUACUGAUGCAACACCAAAUAAGAGACGAAAGAAUGACAAUACAACAUCGGAGUUGACACAAAGUGAGAAACGUAACAAUAAGAGCGCAACAUCAAAUGGAAGUGCACCCCCAGCACAAAACAGGAAAGAUGGGAACACGUCAAGCGGCAGUAAUGAAGAUGAAGACAACCCUUACAAGUGUGACCGGUGCGGUAAAGUGAUGACUAAUUUCAAAAACUAUAAAUUUCAUAUGAAAUCCCACACUGUUGAAAAGACUUUCAAAUGCGAUACUUGUGGUAAAAUGUUCAGGGAGAGCUGGGAUUUGAAUAAACAUUUAGUAAUUCACUCUGUUGAAAAGCCUUUCAAGUGCAAAGUUUGCGGAAACGGAUUCAACCGACGAUACAAUCUCGACCUGCACCUUAGGGUUCACACCGGGGAAAAGCCGUACAAAUGCAACAUCUGUGACAAAAGCUUCAGCGCAUGUGUGAAUAUGAAGAAGCACAUGAGAAUUCACACAGGUGAGAAGCCGUACACAUGCAGCGACUGCGGGAAGGAGUUUGCAGAUUCUUCGUCUUUCAAAAAUCAUCUGCGAGUUCAUACAGGCGAAAAGCCCUUUAAGUGUUCCCACUGCAAGAGAAAAUUUGCCACCAGGACGACUUUGACAAGGCACAUCAGAACACACACAGGUGAAAAGCCUUAUAAGUGCAAUGUGUGUGAGAAGGUGUUUGCCCACAGAACAGACCUGAAAGGACAUAUGAGGACACAUACAGGAGAGAAGCCUUACAAAUGUAGUACAUGUGGAGAACAGUUCUCCACCUGGUCAAAACUCCACAAACACAAACAUGUCCACACAAGUGAUGGACAAAGCUCCUCUGCUUAAAAAGCGAAUGAAUUACACUAAAGUAGAACUGUUACUGGAAUUUUAAGUUUUUAUUUUGUUUUGAAGAGACUACUUCACUGUUUUAGUGUUGCACUCCAGACAUAUUGUCUUUUUUAUUUGAUACAUUCCUCUUCCUUGUCAAAAUCUGGUGCCUACGUUACGCACAAUGCACAAUGUACAAUGCAACACAAUCACGGCUAAUAAGGCACUCUGGAGCCGCUGGCCUUAAGCAGACCCUCACACCCUUAGAUUUUUUACAUUUUCAGUCUUGUAGUCUUCAACCCCAACAGACACUGCCUCACAUCAGACCUAACACAAAAAGAUCUAUAUUAUUUUUUCACAUAUGCAAUAAUACUUCCCAUCUGUAAACAGACUGUUGUGUAAAAUUGGUGGAGUUCCCCUUUUUAGGUUUUUGGUUUUUACUUCCUUUAUCUGGACUGUAAAUAACAAGAUGCCCAUUUAGGUGUAGAAUAAUGAUUGUUUUACAGAUUAAUUGUAAAAUUCUGUAAAUACGUUUAUUUUUAAUAUUGGAGUUUAGAUUUUCAUAAAGCAUCUAAAAACUGGGAUGUUCAUAAGAGCUAAAUCCCACAGUUUUGUGCCUUGUAAAGUUGUUUUUAUACACAAAUUCUUGACUAAUUCUUAAUUAAAAUUGGUUAAUCCAUUUUAUCAUAUUGUUUUAAUCAGAUUUAAUGUUAUUGAUUUUUUCAAACAAACAAGGAAGAGAAACUGCGUCUUAGUUGUCCAAGUGCCUUAAUUCCUUGACUUUUGGAAAAUUAGUUUGUUUUGAAAUAAAUUCUUUCCUAAUUUAUUGAAAUAUUUCUAAUCACAGUUUGAGAAAGUUAACCAAAGAGCAACUAACUACUACUGUGGGAAAUAUUAGGCGUUUGUGAGCAGAUAAUAGUUGUGUAAGAGGAGGAGAUCAUUUGUCGGUGCAGACUGCUGGAUAUCCGUUUGAAGCCUGAGAUGAAGCUGCACAGGACAGAUCUGUGAGAUACCUUUGUUACUGUUAGAUUAUUCUGACUUGUAUGAGAUGUAAAACCAACAGUUUAAAGUUGAAUAUUUUACACAUGAACCAACUGGGAUUCAGUGGUUGUUACAGGUUCAUCCUGUUUGGUAUACUGUCUAAAUAAAGUAUUACUGCCUUAA